UGAUUCUCCAAUGCCGGUGACAUCGCGGGUUUGCUUUGUGAAGUUCCAGGAGCCAGAGUCUGUUGGAGUGUCUCAACAUCUGACAAACACCGUGUUUGUGGACAGAGCAUUGAUUGUGGUCCCGUUUGCUGAAGGUUUGUCACAUCAUUGUUUUUUUUACGUAUGAGUGGUCCUUGUUGAUUGAAUGGCAUGAAUAGUGAAAAUGUAAAAGAAGGUAAAGGAUUGUAUCCAUCCCAUUUGUGAAUUGCACAAAUCAACUCACUGUGGUCUGUUUUUAUAUGAGCUUUAAAGAUAAUGUCAAUGAUACUAAGGUGAUGGCAUUUCCCCCCAUCAACUGUAAGAAAUGAUUAAAGCAGACCUCAGAUUUUUGGUAUAUUGUGGUUUUAUCACCACAGUGCCAUUCAUUUGAUGAUCUGAUCUGAUUUCUGUCUGCAAACACACAAUGCAUAAUAAUUUCAUCUGCAUUAAGAAAGCGCAGUAUACCAAAAUCUGCUUUACAGACUAGGAGUUGAACAUUCCCAGGCUGUGGGUGCACAAAAAGUUGUCUAAAUUUUAACCAUAUGCAUUUUUAUUUUCUCCCCCAUAUUGGACUAUCCUCUGUUAAACUUCUCUCUGUUAUUUGUGUGUGUGUAUGUGUGUGUGUGUGAUUUUUGUAGUGAAGAAGGCAAAAGCAGCCCCCUCGUUGAUGGCUGAAAGUGGUCCUCUGCCUGCCAACAGGGGAUUGUAGACAUUUGCAAAGGCCAGCAAGCAUUCAAGUCCCAUCCCGCUCUUUUUGUGUCCUCUAUUCUUUCUCUGCCUUCUCUUUCUCUUUCCUUCUGUCUAAUUCAUCUUUUUUAGGUGGUUUAGUUUAGAAUAUAAAGGUCAGAUAUGGAGGACGUAGCCUGAAACAGUGCUCAUUUUGCAUUGUUUUGCAGCCCUUUUGAAAGCUGCUUAGUCAUUUUUUGGCUAAAGCAUUGUUCCUUAAUGGAUAAGGCUGGCAGUAUUUUUCGUUUUUUGAAGUCAACAAAUCUCAUGAAAAGACCAAAAGACCAGCAUCGACUAAAACUAUUUAAAGCUCAUCAGUGAGCCACACUGUUGUACUGGGUGACUUCUUUUUUGUCCAUUAUGAUGAAGGCAGGCACUGGUGCUGGGCGAUACAGAUGUAUAUAAUGAUAUAACAAGUUUUCUGGUAAUUAAAUAAAUUACUAGUCUAUAUAAAAUAACCAUUUUUAUUGCAAAAUCAGUUCAUGUAGUUCAUGUUGAGUCAGUGCCACAGCCUGACGCCCUGCAGCUCGCACAUACCAAAUGUGUAUUAAGCCGCCCCUGAAAAUAGUGCCCAACAAAAGCACUCUUUACUCCUGUAUAAGAAACUUUUUUUGAAAACUACAGUUCCUAGUUGUUCCAGAAAGUCAUGUUGUCUUUGAUAAAAGUACAGUUUUAAAAUUGAAAAGGAAUGAUGGCUAAUAGCAGAAAGUAAAGUUGACAAUAACCAAAAAUGUAAUAUUGCCAGCCUUAUCUUUAUAAAAACGUGUAAAUAAACUCUUUGAAAGCAAUCACUAUUCACUACUGUUUGGGUUUGGUGGUAAUAGCCUACACAAAGAUUCUAUGGGUUAAUCACUUGUGCAAGAACCUCAAAGCCUAGGCAGCGGACACCGCACAUACUUAUGCUGCAUGGAUUCAGGCAGACCAUAGACAGCAAACUGGAUAUCAUUUUAGUGGGUUAAAGCAUGAUGGCAAAAUUAGGUGAGGCUGUCAUAUAACACCUGCAAUGGUGACGGUAGACGGCAAACAACACAUUAAAACACCAUGGCAACAUAUUGUGAUGCUUGUUUUGGCGUCCUGCUCGUGGGAAGGUUUCCCCCAUGCUGUCCAAAAGUUGACGUCUACCUGCCUAAAUCUGUGUGAAAGCAGCGUUACUGUGUCCUAUAUUUACGACUUUACAAAAGAACUCUAGUCAAAGGUCGGUUAUUUCAUCUACAUCUCAUAAGUUGUCUAAGAUGCCCACCGGACAUGACACUAUGUUGGUAAAAUAUAUUCUCUUUAACAGUGGUCUCCUUUUGUUGUUGUGUUUUACAGUUCUUUUUCCUGGCUCAGCCAGUCCUGUAUACCAGGCCCUGCUGAAAAUACCAUCCAACAGUUUUGUCUCCUGCAGCAAUUUCUCUCUUCAGUGUGCUCUUUUAUUUGAAUGUUGUCAUUGUUGUGUGUGUCCGUAUUUAGGUCAUGUCUCUGUGAAAGAGUUGUUUUGGGGGUGGAUUUACUGUGAGAUGAUUAUGAGGUGUUUAUUUGUUAAAUUUGCCAAACAAUUUUUAAACAAUUAAAAAAAAAUAGUGGCAUGUUGCAAAUAGAGAUGCUAAAAUCAUUUUUUAAUUGGACUGUGGUAGUGCAGAUGAAUCAAACUUGGUUCGGUUGAUUGAUGCAGUGGCAGGUAAGGAUGCUAGAAUAAUGAUGUACAGCAGAUACGCCACCCACCCUGAAUUCUGCUAAUUGUCAUUUAGUACAUAUGCUCUAACAUUUGUGUUUUUGGUAAGUAAACACUGAUAGUUUGUGUAGUGUUCUUGCCAAAUCCCUAAAAUUCUCUCUGUUGUGUGUAUCUCGAUUUUUCUCUGUGUGCUUUUAGUAGCGAAGCCGCCAGCGUGAGUCGCUUGUUUCAGUAAACGUCUUAAUGAAAAUUGAGGGCUCACCCAACUGGAGAAGCAGCUGUGCUUGCUAACGUUUGGUUCAUGACUUAAAAAACACGUUCAGGAUCUAUUCCAGAUGAGGCUAAAGCUUUGUCACUGUUGGCCCCAGCAAAUGCUGUUGCAGGAAUUCUGCCAGGAGGAGGACUUCUUCCAACGCCCAAUCCCAUGAACAAUCCUAUGGGAGGAAACCCUUUUGGUGUUCCAAACAUGGACGCAAUGGCUGCAUUUGGAUUCCCAGGACCCAAUAUGAACCCCCAGGCUGCUGAUCAGCUGUUAAAGUUAAUGACCGAUCCAAAGCUGAAUCCUUUGGCUGCAGGCUUAAACCUGAGUGCAAGCCUGAAGGCUGAUGCAUCUAAUAAAGAAAUGGAAGAGGCCAUGAAGAGAGUCAGAGAGGCCCAGUCGCUCAUCUCUGCUGCUAUCGAACCUGGAAAUAAGGAGAGCAAAAAGAAGCGCUCUCGUUCUAGAUCUAGGUCCAGGAGGAGGAGGUCUAGAUCACGUUCAAGGCACAGGCGUUCGAGGAGCAGAUCACGGCGACGAUCCAAUUCCAGAAGCAGGAGGCGCUCCAAAAGCCCCCGCAGGAGACACACCGAAUCCAGAGACCAAAACAGGCGAUCUCCAAGCAGAUCCAGAGAUAGAAAGAAAGAUGAUUCAGGGAGAAGAAGAUCCAAAACGCCACCUAAAAGCUACAGCACAGCCAGGAGGUCACGCAGCGUGGACCGGAGACGCAGGAGAAGUCGAAGCAACAGUCGUGCUUCUCCUAAAAGGAGGUCUCCAUCUCCUCGAAGACACAAGAAGGAGAAGAAAAGGGACAAGGAAAGGGACAGGGAGCGCAGAAGUGAAAAAGAUCGUAAUCAUGAGGAACAUGAACGUUCCUCCAGCAAGAAAAAGAAGAGUAAGGACAAAGAGCGGGAGAGAAAAUCAGAUGGAGAGAAAGGAGAUGUAAAGAUCACCAGGGAUUAUGACGAGGAAGAACAAGGCUACGACAGCGAGAAGGAAAGGGAGGAAAGGAAGUAUUCUGACGACUCUGCUUUGUCUCCUCAGUCUGUUGAAGGUAACGGCACAUCACGGCCUCUGAAACAGGCCAAAGUUAACGGAUCUGACGAUCACCAUGAAGAGGACAUGGACGUCAGCGAUUAAGUAGUCCAUCCUUAUUUGUUCAUCAUUAUCCCUCCGUUUUGGGUGUGAACAUGUUACAACUUUUUUCCCCCACUG